UAGCACAGAGCAGAGUAGAUUGACACAGAGGUAGCAAUUAGCUGGUAACGAAGGGAUUCCAUCAGUCAGCUUUGCCUUUGUAGGAUAAUCAAAACAAACAAUAAAUGUUGUAGGGUUUCCAUUGAUUGAUUGCUUUCUGCUGGUCUCUUUUGGGGGGGUGCUUCUAUGGCUUUUGCGGCACCGAAUAUUCCAUCUGCCGAACGACAACCAGAUGAUCCUUUGUAUCGUGAACUAUGGCAUGCCUGUGCUGGACCUCUUGUCACGCUUCCUCGCGUAGGGGAGCGUGUUUAUUAUUUCCCACAAGGUCACAUGGAACAACUUAAGGCAUCAAUGCAUCAGGGGUCACAACACCAAAUAUCUUCAUUCAAUCUACCAUCUAAAAUACUUUGCAAAGUGGCUUCUGUUCAGCGUAAGUCAUUCCAGUUUCCAUUGUGUUCCUACUGUGAUAUUUUGCCGGACCGCAUUGAUGCUUCUGUGCCAUUCAAAUUGACCAUGAUGUAG